AUGUGCCUCGUCACUGGUAUCUUUGCCGCUCCCACUCAGGAAAUUAGCCGGAGGGACAUAGAGUACGACACUGGCUACCGCCACUCCGUGGAAGCGGCCCAUAGGCGCAGGCCGUCCUAUCGUAAGAAGCAGAAGAAGACCGACGACUAUGACGCUCCCGGUGGCUAUCGCCGCUCCGUGGAAGCGGCCAACGACGACUACGAUGCUCCCGGUGGCUAUCGCCGCUCCGUGGAAGCGGCCAACGACGACUACGAUGCUCCCGGUGGCUAUCGCCGCUCCGUGGAAGCGGCCAACGACGACUACGAUGCUCCCGGUGGCUAUCGCCGCUCCGUGGAAGCGGCCAACGACGACUACGAUGCUCCCGGUGGCUAUCGCCGCUCCGUGGAAGCGGCCAACGACGACUACGAUGCUCCCGGUGGCUAUCGCCGCUCCGUCCAUGCGGCCGAUUAA